AUGAGUGAUGGAGUGACUGCUAUCGCCCGAGGGAGCAGUGGAAGUGCAGUGAGGGUGAGUGCUACCGUCCCAGAGACUGCUAUCGCCCGAGGGAGCAGUGGAAGUGCAGUGAGGGUGAGUGCUACCGUCCCAGAGACUGCUAUCGCCCGAGGGAGCAGUGGAAGUGCAGUGAGGGUGAGUGCUACCGUCCCAGAGACUGCUAUCGCCCGAGGGAGCGGUGGAAGCACAUUUGGGAGAGGUGGGCGGCGAGCAGGUGGGCAUCCACUGGCUUCUGCAGCACACCGUCAAAUCCCCCCUCUGCACACCUCUGCACCACUCCACGAUCCACGUCUGCCGUCAGAGCCACUAUGGGCACCCGCAGGGAGACAGCCUGGGCACUCAAAGAAGCAGCAGCAGCAGCAGCAGCAGCAGCAGCAGCAGCAGCAGCAGCAGCAGCAGCAGCAGCAGCAGCAGCAGCAGCAGCAGCAGCAGCAGCAGCAGCAGCAGCAGCAGCAGCAGCAGCAGCAGCAGCAGCAGCAGCAGCAGCAGCAGCAGCAGCAGCAGCAGCAGCAGCAGCAGCAGCAGCAGCAGCAGCAGCAGCAGGCAGCAGCGUUAGCAGCUUCUAGCUCAUGCCCCGCCUGUGCAUCUCUCCCGCCACUGCUGCUCUCCCCCCUGCGCUCUCCCAUAUGUCCCCCUGCUGUAUGCUUCCCUGCUGCACGCUUCCCUGUUGCCCUCCCAUACUUCCCUCUGAAGCCAAUGCUCCUUGCUGCUCCCUUUCCUCCUCCCUCCCCUGCUCUCUUCCCUGCUGUGCCUCUUGUGCCAUGCCCAGCAUAA